ACAUCAGAGAGCAUGCAACAAAAAGAUUCCAUUCGUAGGCAACGUUCUAAUCUGAAUGAAGAGCAGACAAAUGAGGCUAGGAAAAUACUUAGUAAGUACGUUCGACAACGACGAAAAUACGGCAAAAACAACGUCGCAGAAGCUAAUAAAGAAAACGCAAACAUAGAGCAAUUGCAUACUCCAGACACAGAAUCGGAAUCUCAGUUUUUACGACCUGUCAAACGCCGAUCCAAUUCUUUCAACUCAACACCAUCUACACCCGAUGAUUACGAAUCUUUUUUCUCCCCAGAAUUCUCACAGGAUCCUGAAGAGAUUAAUAUCAAAAAAGAUCUCAGACAACGCUCCCAAGAAACAUGGGGACAAUGGUUCGUCAGAGUGGUCGAAACUUUGAGUGAGCUUCUUGGCAUUCGAUACAUUAUGCUGAUACUAAUAAUACUCGGAUACGCAUGCCUUGGAGGAUAUAUGUUUCAAGCUUUAGAAUAUGAUCAACAGCAAUUGGAGCUGGAAGCUGAGAAGCGAGUUAGGCUGAGUGAAUCCUCGUUGCUUGCAGUCAAUUUGCUCGAACAUUUAAAACAAAUGAAUUGUGGGCAAUCAAAUGAAAAAAGAUGUUUGGAACUCAUUACAAAAACAUUUAUUCAAAGGUCAGACGAAGAACGUGGAGAGGGAUGGCGUUGGGAUUUUUGGAACUCUGUUUUCUUUUCUGCCACUAUUUUCACAACUAUUGGCUAUGGAAACCUGGCUUGCAAGACAAACCUUGGUAGAAUUGCGACGAUUAUCUACGGAAUGAUUGGGAUCCCAUUGAUGUUGUUUGUGCUGAAAAAUUUUGGAGAACUUUGCGUCAAGUGGGCUAAGAAAAUUCAAUUCAAUGUGCAACAGUGUUUGAAAAAAUGCUUCGGGAGAAAGCAGAAACGAGCGAGUUCACUUGCGUCAAUUACGUCGAAGGAGAUGUUGGAAGUAUUUUUUGAAGUACCGGAAGACGACAAAGAGGACACCACUUUCCAGCUCAGAUGGGGUCUUCUAGUUAUUGUUCUCUUCGUUGUAUUGUGCUCGUUUGUUGUUUCAUUUUGGGAGAACUGGGAUUUCUUGACUGCUUUCUAUUUCUUCUUUGUCUCACUUUCCACAAUUGGAUUUGGUGAUAUUGUUCCUGACCACCCCAGGACUGCUUGUGCACUUUUCGUUUUAUAUUUUAUCGGACUUGCUCUAUUCGCAAUGGUCUACGCAAUUUUACAAGAACGAGUUGAAAAUCAAUAUAUGUGGGCGUUGGAAUUGAUCGAUCAAAAAUAUCAAGAAAAACUGAAACAGGAUAUGUACGAUGAGGAUGAAAAAAAAGCAGACAAGAACGAUAUGCAUUUUUCAAAAAAAGAACCAGUGCGUGGUCCUCGGAUUCUUCUUCAAGACUUGCUUCGCGGCCCUGAUCUCAAGAUAUCUGGUGGAAGACGGUCGUCUUCUGACGCAUCAUCAGUAAUCACCGAGGCUAGCGAUGAGGAUACCAGACACUUUAAAGUGGGCCGAGCAAUCUUGGCGGAGGCUUUCGCGCCCGAUGAAAGAGCUUCAAACCACGGUAGUGACGAGAGCUUGGAAGAACAUCAAUUGGAGACCUACGACACGUCAGGCACUCCUCCACCAUACGGGGAUCCGACUCCGACCACCAACUUCCAAACACGAGAUGAAACAGUAACUUCAUUAGCCGAAAAAACGCCACUAUCGCUUAAUAAGGUGUUAGAGGAAGAAAAUGAAGAUGAAAAUGGGGAUUCAUAAAACCUGUAUUUUGUUUUAUAUUUGUUGUAUUAUACAUGGAAAACUUUUUAAAUAAAAAACGUGUUCAAA